AUAGCGGAUCCCUUUUUCAGCGGAGAAGGUGCGAUUGUCCCGAGCGCCCUAUCUCUUUAACGGGAUUCACACGCCAGCUAUAUUUCAGUACUGUAUUUCAGCGAUGAACACUGCACAACUGUACCGUGAGGAUUUUUCCAAGGAAUAACCCGCAUACCUGGGGAUAUCAUGGGAAUAUAAGAGUAUAUUACAUUUAUCCAGGUGCAGGUCCUGAUUCAGGAUGCCGCUGGUGAAACGGACGAUCGAGCCGCGUCACCUGUGUCAUACGGCACUACCGCGCAGCAUCAAAAAUGAACUGGAGUGUGUGACGAACAUCUCACUCGCCAACGUCAUACGACAACUGAGCAGCCUCAGUAAAUAUGCGGAGGACUUGUUCGGCGAGCUCUUUAAUGAAGCUCACGCGUUCUCCUUUAGAGUAAACUCGCUGCAGGAGAGAGUCGACCGCCUGUCAAUCAGUGUCACUCAACUCGACCCGAAAGAAGAGGAGUUGUCUCUUCAGGACAUCACGAUGAAGAAGGCGUUUCGCAGCUGCACCAUUCAAGACCAGCAGCUGUUUGAGCGCGAGUCGCUGCCGAUACCGAUGCAGGAGACGUACGAAAUCUGCGAACAACCACCGCCUCUCAAUAUACUCACACCUUACAGGGAUGAUGGGAAGGAAGGUCUGAAGUUUUACACAAACCCGUCGUACUUCUUCGACCUGUGGAGAGAGAAGAUGCUGCAAGACACUGAAGACAAGAGGAAAGAGAAGAGGAAACAGAAGUUGCAGGAUCCCGUCAUGUACGAUCAGGUCUAUAAAUAUUUAGACCUUCCAGUGCAGCUGAAGAACACUGACCGUCCUCAUGAGGUGGAGAAAGUUCCGCGGGCACCGCAUGAUCGUAAGAAGGAGUGGCAGAAGAUGGCAUUAGGAGCGGAGCUUGCAGUGGAUGACAAGGACGGCAAACAACAAGAUACUAACGGCGCCGCAACGUACCACGAUGGCAGGCAAAUGUAUAUCGAUCAUCUAGACGGGUCGUUCUCUCUGGCCGCGCUGCCGUACUCUCAGAUGAGCGAACUGUUGAACCGCACCGGAGACAGAACGUACGGCCGACCGCACGAACCGCCACCUCCACCGCCGACAUACCCACCAGAUAUCAAACCAGCCUCGGUUAUCAGUUCCAGCUCAGGAUUCUCCGACAGCAUUCCUCAGUCUCCGGCCCGCACGCCUGCCUUCCUCAACUCCAAUGCCCCGCCCCCAGCCCCACCCCCUUUACCUCCACCACCUCCCCCUCUCCCCGGCAGCCAAUCAGUUUCCAGAAUGCGUGGUACAGCUCCGCCUCCAAUUCCACCCUUACCUUCCCAGCAGCCCCUGGCCAUCCCCCCUCCCCCUGUCCCCCUUCAAAUUGCCCCCGGUGUCCUACAUCCCGCCCUGCCUCCUGUGGCACCGCCUCUUCACUCCUCCCCAGCCCGCAUGCAUCAGAACAAAGCUCCACCCACAGAUGGAACUGUUUUGCCGCCGCCUCCCCCGCCUCCUCCCUUGCCACUCGCAGGAAACAGAAGCUCCUCCCCCUGCACGUUCUCGGGCCCACCCAUCAUGCCUACCUUCCCAUCCGGAGCGGUCUCGUCACCGCCCACUCACUCCAGUCACGAGGUCAAGAGGCAUCCUUCCAACCUGCCGCCCAUCAGCGACGCCCGCAGCGUUCUACUGGAGGCCAUUCGUAAAGGUAUCCAGUUGAGGAAAGUCGAGGAACAGAGGGAACAGGAGGCCAAACACGAGCGUGUUGGGAACGACGUCAGCCACCAUUCUCUCUCGCCGCAUCGCUGUGGAGUACAGCGACUCCGAGGACGACUCCGAGUUUGAUGAAGUUGACUGGAUGGAAUGAGAAGUGAAUGUGGAACAAAAGAGGGAAUAUCAUGGGAAAAGUUUGGGAAGGAGGCAUAAAAACAACAAACGUUAACCUUCUUCCUUAUAACAAUUAUCCAGUGAACACUUCUGUGUCCUUCAGUUGUAGUUUUAUUCAGGACACAUAAUUCCCAGAAUUCUUUGCUUUAAUGUUUUUAAUGACUUGUUCAAGAGUUGAAUCUUCUCUGUUGUGCAAUUGAUGAAUGGGAAUAACCAUGUUGGGGUUUUUCGUUCUCCGAUCUUUUAUUUAUAUUAGUCUUUAAUUCUCAAUAAUAACAACAAAAUCUGUUAUUUUUGUUGUUGUAAUGCGCUAGUUGGCGCGACCUCUUUUCAUAGCCAGCCCUUCUGGUCACUAAAGGAAGUGGCUCUUGGAACAUAUCACCAGAAUCUCUUGACCUGGGUAUGAAAAUGUGAUGGAUGCAUAUUAUUUUUAUUUUAAAUAUUGUUAAAACUGUUCUUCCAUUUCAGAAAGUAAACAUGUGAUGUCAUUGCAUGGUCGUAAGGAACAAACCUAGGAAGAAACGUUUUUCUUAUUAAAGUGUCAAAAUUCCUACAAAUCAAUAUCAGAGUGAAUCUCACGAAACUCUCAUGGGGCGAAGAUUCUGGGGUGCACAGGGGCCCCCCUAAGCGCCCCACCCAAUAUUAAGCUCAUUAUUAGGACUUUUAUUGUAUUUUUUUUUGCAAUGUGAGAUUAUUUUCAUGAAAAGCAUAUUUCAUCCCCAUAAUAAAAAAAUAAAGUAUUUAAACAUCAUAGUAUUUGUUGUACUGCCUUUAUGCUGAUUUCGAUUAAAAGAAAUGUCAAAUAGCCUUAAUUGUCAUAUAAAAAAAUUAUAAUUCAUUUUUUACGAAUUGUGACCCAGACAUGUUUUCGUGAGAUUCAUCCAACAUUGAAAUACUGACACUUCCCAUAAUACAAGUCCCACAUACAACAUUGUGGCCGUGCGUUGGGGUCUAUACAUUGUAAUUUAUUGCAUUUUUAAAUUUAUUUUGUUAGCCAGACAGAAACUGAAAUUAAACAUGAUUUUAAAAUACUGUAUACAGUGUAACGUAUGUAACUGUUUACUUUAACAGUUUGCUUGAA